AUGAUAUGGCUAAGCAAAAACCUUGGCAUCUCAUCUCCUACGCUAAUGCCUAUUUACUUGAUAAUUAGGUUGUCAUCUUCAUUAUUAGAAAUCCCUAAAUUUUAUGAGCAGACGGAGCACAUCAAGAUUGAUUACCAUUACAUUUGAAAUAAGAUAAUGUUAGGUUUUAUCUCUACCACAUAAAUUUUCUCAUUUCAUCAGCUCAUGAACAUCUUCAUCAAGAGUCUUGUGAGAAUCUUCUAUGACAUAACAUAUAGUAAGUUAAGCAUGUUUGACUUGUAUGCUCCAACUUGAGGGAGAGUGUUACAAUAAGGCCACUAGGUCUACUAGACUUAUUUUUGACUUAUUCUCUCCAUGUCCUUCUUCUUACUCCACUAUCUCUACUUCUUCCUUUCUCUUUAUUUCUUCCUCUCUUCUAUAUAACCUCAUGCAUUCCUCUUCUUCAAUAUAUCAAUUUUAAUAUUUUCUCUUCCUCUUGUCAACAUAACUAUUUUGAAGAUUUUAACAUUAAAGAGUAGAAUAAAAUAUGAAAGACUUUGACUUGAAUUUGUUCUCAAAUUCACCCAUUAUUUAUCAGAUAAUCACCCUUGCACAAUCAUUUUUUAUUGAUCUAUGAUCUCACAUUUUUUGUGACAUUAUUUUCUAGAGAUUUCAUAUGAAAAUUUAGGUAGAAUCUGAAGUUCACCACAAUGAUACUAAAACAGUAAGUUGAAGAUAAAUCAGUUUUCAAUAAAAAGGUCUUUUCCAUUUAAGAGCUUAAAAAAGCAAAGAAGGAACUAAAAAUCAAGAGUUAUUCAAUUAUCUUUUUCACCAAAUUAUCUACUUUCUUCUAGAAAUGUAAUUGUGAUAUCUCUAUAUCUUUUAGAAUAUUAGUGAUUUAUUUUUUAUUUAAUCAUGAAAGGGAUUUGAGUCUUAAUCCCACUAGAGCUAUGAAUCUAGUGUGCAAAUUUGAGUGAGAAACUCCUGGGCAUUAAGCAAAGUAAAUAGUAGUUCUUAUCAAAUGGAUGUUUAGUGGAACUGAAGAAUGGGGCAUACUUGGAGAGUGGAUGUUGAUGAAGGGUCAAACCAUGAUGGAAUCAUGAGUCUUUAAUUUAAAUCCUUGAAAUCUGAAUGGUUAAGGAAUUAGAAGAGGGGAAGAAAGAGGAUUAUAAUAGUCAACCAAAGUCAAAGUUAGAAUAUGA